AUGUCAGCAUCCGUGAGCCCGGGGCCCACGGCGACUGGUCUGGCUCCGAAUCCGACGAUGCCGGUACAGGUGGGCAACCCGGAUGCGCCGCUGUUGGGUUCGGCGGCAACCAUCGGUCAGGCCGGCCUCCUCGCCAUCGUCUGGAUCUUCUUCUCGGCCGCCACCUUCUUUGUGGCUCUCCGCCUGACGGUGCGGUUCCGCCAAAACGCCUCUUUUCUCUCCGACGACUACUGCACCGCCUUCGCCUGGCUCUGCCUUCUGGCCAUGUCGAUUCUGCAGACGGUGCAGAUGCCUUCCCUGUGGUACACAGCAUAUCUGAUGGCCGGCCGCAUCGCACCAGACCCAGACACCCUGUUCAACGCGUUCCCCAUCAUCAAGCUGUUUUGGACCGCCCUGUGGUCCGUCAAGGCGAGCUUCAUGGCCGUCUUCUUCCGCCUCGUCUGGCCCUUUCCCGUCCACCGUCGACUGUGGUACUGCGUCGCCGUCUUUGCCGCCAUAGCCUACAUUGGGUGCUGGCUCAGCAGCAUCUUGAGCUGCAACACUCCAGCGGAUUAUUUCAGGCCUGGCAAAUGCAACUCGCCACACGAGAUCUGGGUGCAGGGCUUCAGCGUCAUCUACUCUACCUCGGUCGACAUCGCGAGCGAUCUCAUGAUCAUGGCCCUGCCCAUCUCGCUCCUGCCAUCGCUGCACCUCGACUUCCGCCGCAAGGUUGGCCUGGGCAUUGCCUUCAGUCUCGGUCUUGUCAUCAUGUCGGUGUACAUCGUGCGCAUGACCAAACUCAUCUCGGGCGGCACAAGGGUUGACAUUAUCGGCCUGGCCAUAUGGGGCGCCAUCGAGCCUGCCGUAGCCGUCAUCGUCGGGUGUCUGCUGCCGCUGGGGCAUCUAUGUGCAGAGGAGCUAUGAGAUGAAUGUCGAACUUUAUCAAGAUUCGUCCUCGAGGGAUGACGAGGAGGUUGAGAUUGUCAAGGGUCACGGUCGGGCCAUUCAGG